CAUAAUCUGUAGUCAGAGCAUUUAAUACUUCAAACGUUUAUGGAUCGGUUUUACUAAAUUUGUUUGUUGCACAUAAACCAGGGCAUGGUUUAUUUAUUUAUUACAUCACUUUUAACCAUCUUAAAACGUAAACGUUUGUUAUAUUAGAUGUUAAGAAGAAAGAAAAUUAUAUUGCGGCAACCAUGACAUGAAAACAUAAGUACGGUCGGUAAAGCAGUUCACCGCUAGGCUUGGUGGGGGAUUGUUGCCCGUUUUACUAGGAAAUUGAAGUGUCAAAAACAUUAAAAUUUCUGUUUGGUAAUAGUUUUUUUUAAAUUCAAUUGAAUUUUAAAACAUUGGACUCUGAUACGAAAGAAUUAUGAAAUUGAUUUAAAAGUGUUUAUACAAAGUGUGCUGCGUGUUACUCGAUGUGAUUGUUUAUUUUCAUGAAACAGGUUACUUGCGAAUAACUCAAGUGGAAAAUACGUUGUUCGAUGGGGCGCUUUUCACCAUGACUCAUGGACCAACAUUUUCGCGCGCUUUCGGGAGUCUCACUUCGAGUCCUCGAAAGCGCUUCACGACCUUUUUCGUUAUGUUAAGCGUGAUCUUCUUCAUCAUUUUUAUGAGCAGCGGUGACCCCUUCUUGCCCAGAGAGGAUAAGAUGCAGCAAAGUAUAGCGGAGAUGCAAACCCACCUGCAAUUCCUUGAUUCGCUUUACCGCGCACGUCAGGAGGACCUGAUUACUUUGCAGAAUAAAAUCCUCGCAAGUCGCUGUUUCAAUGAAAGUCACCGUCAUCAGCCGACGUCGUACAGCGAUACGGUGACGGUUACUAUUGCUCCGGAAAUUUUGACCUCACUGAAAAAUCUUAGCGGAACGAAGGCAGCGCAAGGUGUUCAGCCCAAAAAUCUGCAACUUUUUCGUACCCCUUUUGUGUUUCAACUACUCCCCCACCUGAUGAAUGACCCAAACAGCCUUCGCCCCUCUUAUCACAUGAAGUCCGGCCGAGUGUUUGUCGACGUUGUUAUCGGUAUACCGACAGUUAAAAGAGAUAAGGAGAGCUAUCUCUUGAUUACGCUUACGCACCUGGUGAACGGGUUGACUGAGGACGACGUGAAUACGACUCUCAUCGUCGUGUUUGUCGGCGAAACUGAUUUGGAGUACGUUGUAAGCAUCGCUCGCCAGAUUGAAACUGCGUUUCCGAAGCAAGUGGAAAACGGUCUCAUCGAAGUUUUAUCUCCAUCGUCAUCUUAUUACCCCGACUUUGACACGUUAGAAAAAACUCUUGGCGAUUCGAUGAAGCGCGUCAAAUGGCGAACUAAGCAGAAUCUGGACGCCAUAUAUUUGAUGUCCUAUGCUCAAACCAAAGGCACCUUCUAUCUGAUGCUGGAAGACGAUGUAAUCGCCAAGAACAACUACAUGCAGGAAAUCAAGCAGUUUACAGCGGCGACAACUGUGUCUACACCGAACUGGUUCUUCAUCGAGUAUUGUCAAGUUGGUGGCAUCGGCAAACUGUUUCGAUCGUCUGACCUCAUCCAUUUUGUCACCUACGUGCAGCUGUUCUAUAAUAACAUGCCUAUCGACUGGCUGUUGGAGAGUUACCUUGCCGAUCGUGUUUGUUCCAUCGAUAAGACUUCGAAAGCCUGCGGUAAAAGUAAAAUCACAAUUCGACCAAAGUACAAAACAUCGCUUUUCCAACAUAUCGGACUCUACUCGUCCUUAAAGGGAAAGAUACAAAAAGUCAAGGAUGCUCAUUUUGGCUCGGUACCGACCUUCUAUCCACACACCAACCCUCCUCUGGAAAAUAUCAAGACUAACAUCGUAGAGCAAGGCGAUCACACGCUGAAGAGGGCUUAUGAAGGUCAAACUUAUUUCUGGGGUAUCAAGCCAAAGAAAGACGAUAUGAUCGAAUUUAGGUUUGAAAAACCAAUGGCUAUUAAGAGCUACAUUUUUCGUAGUAGCAACGUCGACCACGUGAAUGACAAGUUCUAUGACACCGUUGUGGAAGUGCUGCCAUCUGGAACCAACAACUACACUGUUAUUGGAUCAUUCGAUGAAUUCGGUCUCGCUGACGGCGAACUCAAAAAGGAUGCCGGCCCAUUUUCUGCCAUCCGUCUCAGCGUUCAAAGUGACAGCUUCUAUUGGGUCAUCCUUAGCGAGAUUGAAAUAGUUACCUAUGAUGAUCAUGAGAACAUAAGGUGACAUAAUACACGAACUCCCUGGGAUAGAUUUAACAAACAGAUGAAGCCAGCGCAUAUAAAACGACACUACACGAGGAUUAAGACUUCUGGACACCAUCACUAAGCACCACAACAUGCAAUUUCGGACCCAUCUUUUCACGACGAUUUUAGGCUUACUACUGGACUUAUCAAAUUUCUUUUUAAUAUUUUCUUUAUGCACAAAAUUAUUAUUUGAACAUCAACGUUAUAAAUUUCGCCAAGU